AUGGUACACUGCAGGUCAGAAUCAAGCAUAAAUCAAUUGUUGCAGUACAGAAGAAACAAAGAAUAUCAUGCAAAGAGACUAUCAAAAUCUGGUAUUACUUCUGAUGUACUAAAUGAAGCUACAGCCGCGUUCAUAUCUACAGUUAUUCAAGAAAUGGGACCAAAAGCACAAAAACUCUGCCUAAAAGAUUCAACAUACUUUCAAUUCUUAGAUGUCUUGAAUGAUGUGUUCCCAAGGUCAAAAUUUAUUUUAAUGGUUCGAGAUCCAAGGGCUGCUGUAGCAUCCAUUAUAAGGCAAGAUAUAAAAAGAGGACAGGUAUCUCAGAAUAUUACCACGACGAUUCUUGAAUAUGAUGAAAUAGCAGUACAAAUGCUGGAAGAUUGUCAAUACAUUGGGAAGCAUCGAUGCUUAUUUAUUCGCUAUGAAUGUUUGGUGUUGAAUUCACGCUCCGAAAUUCAAAAAGUCCUUGGUAAGUAA